UCUUAGCUUCUUUGUUUUUUCCGAAUGGGACUCAGAUUUUGUUUUGUUUUUUCAAGCAAGUUUUGGGGUUUGGGAAAUGGGAAAAAAAUUCACUAAUGAAAUGAAAAUCUUUGAGUUUUAAGUUUUUUUUACAGUAAUUUACGGGAAUGGAUUGUCUCCCGUGGAGACAAAACUGGAGAGAAUAAUGUGACUUAAUCACAGCCAUUCAUUUCUUAAAGUGAAAAAUCCAUGGAUAAAAUUAAAACACAAAAAUAACUUGUCGUUUUGGCUCUUUCCUUUCCCUCUUUUCUUUCCCUCCCUUUUCACUUUUCACGUUGAAACCCUUUAUCUUCUUCAAUAACAACAAUCAACUCGGUGACACCAUCUUCCUCCUGUGCUGACUAUUUGACAUCAUCAUUACAAGCUAGUUGGUUGACCUCGCCGUUGGCUCCGUUUAUCGUUAUCGUGUCCUCUGGUUUAUUGGAUAACGUCGUUGUCGUCGUCUUCGCCGUUGCCGUCGUCUCCGACACGAUUGGUUAAUGUUAGUCUCUCUGUUACGACAUCCAUUCAUUGUCUCUGUUAUUCCAUUUCUAGGAUGAAUAUUGAGUCGUCUAUCCAUCGUCCAUGGUUGGAAGAACAAUUUCAAGCUAACAGGUUGCCAAUGGAUUCUGUGGUUCCACAAGAAACCAUGUCUAUGGAUAACGAACUUGAGUGGCAACCUCAAUUAGGCAAACUAUUCAAUACUUGGGAAGAGGCAUGGGAAUUUUGGAAGGAUUAUGGGGGAAAAAUUGGAUUUAAUGUUCGAAGGCAAUAUUUUAAUCCAGACAAACAUGGAAUGAUUUUGUCUGCAAGAUAUGUGUGUAGUAAAGAAGGUGUUCGUAAGCCAGAUAAAAGAGAUCGCUUAACAAGUAAUCGUCGAUUUCAAACAAGAACCGGAUGCCCUGUUAAGAUGGGAAUUAAAUACUUGAAAGAUAUUGCCAAGUAUAAAAUUCAUGAUUUUUUUGAUAAGCAUAAUCAUGAGUUGCACCUUCCUGAGACGACUCACAUGCUUGCAUCUCAACGUAAUUUAUCUAAAAUUCAAGCUCAUGAGAUAGACUUGGCAGAUGAUGCAGGAAUCAAGCAAAGGGCUUUAUUUGAGCUAAUGAGCAGGCAAGUUGGUGGCAGAGAGAACCUUGGUUACACACGUGUGGAUCAAAAGAAUUAUCUUCGCAUCAAACGAUUGAAAAACAUGGCAUACGGGGAGGUUGGCAGUUUAUUACAACACUUUCAACAAAAGUGUAUAGAAAAUCCAUCAUUUUACCAUGGAAUCCAAUUAGACAUUGAUGAACAAAUAACAAAUAUUUUUUGGGCUGAUGCGAGAAUGAUAAUGGAUUAUGAAUACUUUGGUGAUGUAGUCACUCUUGACACUACAUAUAGUACUAACAAUGCAUAUAGACCAUUGGCUAUAUUUGCAGGAUUUAAUCACUUUAGAGGAGUGGUCAUUUUUGGUGCUGCGCUUCUUUAUGAUGAAACUGCAGAAUCAUUUGAAUGGUUGUUUAGGGAGUUUUUGAAGGCUCAUAAAAGUAAGAAGCCUCAAACUGUUUUCACGGAUCAGGACCACGCAAUGGCUAAAGCUUUACGUGAGGUAAUGCCUGAAACAUACCAUGGUUUAUGUACUUGGCAUUUGAUGCAAAAUGUCUUAAAACAUCUUGGUCAUUUGAUGAAGAAUGGUUCUAAUUUGUUGAGAGACAUUAAGUUUUGUAUGGUUCUAAAUGUAGAGUUUCCAUUGAUCAAAACUUCAAAGUACAAGAUCUUAAAGAUCAAAUGUUACAACAAAGAACUAUAAUUUUACAUUGAUGUACAAACAAUCUAAUACAAGUUGAUAACCAUCCCUCUUUUACAAAUGUUACUCUUUCACACCAUUGCUUUUUUACAAUCUCUAUUUUGCAAUUGUCACUGAAUUUGAAAAUAAACUGAUGAUAAUAAGAAUCUUCAAGUGGGAGAAGAAAGAGGGAAAAAUAGAGAAGGGGUUGUCACACUACUCCACGUCACUUCCCCGUCGGUGACGAUGUUCUGCUUGCGGCAGCACACUACUCCACCACUUGACUUCCCCACCCACCACGUUCUGUGUCGGCCACGACCAGGACAGCGGCUGCUGUUGCUUCAAACACAACUAACCCCACACCGUCGCGAAUCACGUUCUCACACAGGCCGCCAUGAAUUGCGUUCAUCCACUGGCCGUUUCAUAAUUAACAAGAGAGGUGUAGAAAUUUGAGUUUUGGAGUUGCAGAUUUUGUGAUAGGUUGAAAUGGGUUUGUAAUUUUGUAAUUUUUUGACUAGAAAUUUGAGUUUU